GAUUCUGCAGAUGUUGGUGAAGAGGACAGCUUCUUGGGUCAGACUUCUGCCAGCCCCAAUCCACCACAGACUUUCAACUACUUCUCUCAAGUACCUAGUAGCAGCGAUCCAUUCGGAAGCAUUGGGCAGCCACCCUUAACAACUGUUGCACCGCCUGUUGGAGCCCCGGCCUUCUCCAGGCCUCCAACUUCACUUCCACUUGGGUCUGGGUCACAGGAUGGGCAAAAUGCCUUUUCACCGCACAUUCCAAAGUCCCAGUCCUCUUACGGUGCACCACCUACUUCUCAGGUGGGAGUCGCGGCUUAUCCGACUCCUCAGCAGAGCUGUCCUCCGCCUGCAAAUGCGUCUACUCUUCCCCAAGGAGCAUCUCAGCAGGGGUAUAACCCUUAUCGACACACCACCCUGAGCAGCAGAGCGAACCCAUACCUUACUCCGCCACAGCUGCAGCAGAGUCAUGCAUCUCCUCACCCACCAUCCUCUGUGCCGCCUGUCCAGAUGUAUCAGACCCCUCCGGGGUCGUUGACACAGUUUCCACCGUCUCAGUCACAGCUCCGAGCUCCCCGGCCUGCAGGUCCGCUGGUUCAGGCACCUCCUGUUUUGCUGCAGAACCAAUAUGAGCCAGUUCAGCCGCACUGGUUCUACUGUAAGGAGGUAGAGGACAAGCAAAUAUGGAUGCCAUUUAGCAUUCUGGAUUCUGCAAAACUAGAGGAAGUCUAUAAUUCUGUCCAGCCUGAUCCUGAGAGUGUGGUUCUGAGCACUGACGGGGGACGCUAUGAUGUAUACCUGUAUGACAGAAUAAGGAAAGCUGUCUACUGGGAAGAAGAGCCUUCUGAAGUGAGACGAUGCAUGUGGUUUUAUAAGGGAGACAAGGAUAGCCGGUUUAUUCCUUACACUGAGGAUUUUAGUGAUAAGCUAGAGGCAGAAUAUAAAAGGGCUGUAACUACGAAUCAAUGGCACCGGCGACUUGAAUUUCCAAAUGGGGAGACAAUUGUUAUGCAUAAUCCCAAGGUCAUAGUUCAGUUCCAACCCUCUGCCACACCGGAUGAAUGGGGCACGACUCAAGAUGGUCAGGCAAGGCCAAGGGUAGUAAAACGUGGAAUUGAUGAUGACCAUGAUGAAAUUCCUGAUGGAGAAAUGUCCCAAAUUGACCAUCUAGUAUUUAUGGUUCAUGGCAUAGGGCCUGUGUGCGACUUGAGAUUUAGAAGCAUUGUUGAAUGUGUUGAUGAUUUUAGAACUGUUUCUCUGAAGUUGUUGCAGACUCACUUUAAGAAAUCUUUAGAGGAACAUAAAGUGAGCAGGGUGGAAUUUCUCCCAGUUCACUGGCAUAGUUCUCUGCACGGAGAUGCAACAGGUGUGGACAGGAACAUAAAAAAAAUCACUUUGCCGAGCAUUGGACGCCUGCGCCACUUCACCAAUGAAACACUCCUUGACGUACUGUUCUACAACAGCCCCACCUACUGUCAGACCAUUGUGGAUAAAGUGGGGUUGGAAAUGAAUCGUUUGCAUGCACUUUUCAUGAGUCGCAACCCAGACUUCAAAGGAGGAGUCUCUGUGGCUGGGCACAGUUUAGGUUCCUUAAUUCUAUUUGACAUACUCUCUAACCAGAAGGACUUGGCUUCAUCAGUAAGUAGUGGACCGUUCUCUGGUGUUAAUGGGACUGUAAAGGACGUGGCUGUUCAUGAUAAACAGAUGACUGAAGAUACCAGUUCCUUGGGCUCCUCAAUUACUACUUCUGGUGAUGACCUUUGUGAGCCUGAAGCAGAUGAUGAUGUUCCUACUUUGCAGAAGACUCUGGAAAUGCUUAGCUUGUCGGAGUAUGCAAGCACAUUUGAAAAGGAGCGAAUUGACAUGGAAUCUCUGCUCAUGUGCACAGUUGAUGAUCUGAAGGAAAUGGGGAUACCUCUUGGACCAAGAAAGAAAAUAGCUAAUUUUGUAAAAGAUAGAGCAGCCAAGCAGGAACAGAAGAAAACACUAGCAGAAAAGAAAGCAGUGCUGGCUGCCACACUCCAAACUCAAGAAGAUGCCCAGAAGGCAAAAGAGACAGUUACUUCUGUCUCCCCUUCAGAGUCUGGGCAGCUGCACUCAAAGAGGAGGCUUCCAGUUGGUGCAUCUGUUUCUUCUGUGAACAUUGACUAUGAGUAUUUUGAAAUUGGAACUGGUCAGGUUUCUGUGGCUUACAGUGCAUUGGACUUUGAACCAGAUAUUUUCUUUGCUCUUGGUUCUCCUAUUGGUGUGUUCCUUACUGUGAGGGGUGUGGAGAAGAUAGAUGAAAACUACAGACUUCCUACCUGCAAGGGAUUCUUCAAUAUCUAUCAUCCACUUGAUCCAGUAGCUUACAGGUUAGAACCGAUGAUCAUUGAAGACAUCGAUUUAAAGCCAGUUCUCAUUCCACAUCAUAAAGGCAGAAAAAGACUUCAUCUGGAGUUGAAAGACUCUCUCUCUCGUAUGGGAUCUGAUCUAAAACAGGGUUUUAUUAGCUCUUUGAAGAGUGCCUGGCAGACUCUUAACGAAUUUGCACGUGCUCAUACAUCUUCAACUCAGCUACAAGCAGAACUGGAGAAAGUAGCUAACCAAAUUAAAGAGGAAGAAGAGAAACAAGUGGUAGAAGCUGAAAAGAUCUCUGAAAGUCCAGACCCUCCAAAAGAUGAAGAUUUUCUGGUGAAGGUUGGAAUGCUGAAUGGAGGACGUCGUAUUGACUAUGUUCUACAAGAAAAACCAAUAGAAAGCUUCAAUGAAUACCUUUUUGCUUUACAGAGUCAUUUGUGCUAUUGGGGAUCUGAAGACACUGCUUUGCUGUUUCUCAAAGAAAUAUACAGGACUAUGAAUAUCAAUCCUGAGCAGCCACAGCAUUGAUGUAUAGAAACGUGAAUUUCCAUACCUAUUGCUCCGACAGACCUGGUGAAAAACGCUUUGAAGAACAUCUAGUAUUUUCAUAGUUACAGAUGACAGGAUAAGCGUCAGACUUUUUCUCUGCCAGUCCAGAACUUGCUGAGAUUCUACCUUCUUGUGUCACUUCAAGCAAACUUAAAUUUUGAGAUGAUCAGCAUUGUCAUUCAAGAGAUGGAUGGAAUGACACGCUUUUGAUCUUAAAUCAGUUUAAUUGUGCAGUUGCCAAGUGAAAGGUGAUCGCCGAAGAGGUGGUUUUUGGCACACAAAUGAUUACUUCUCUCCUUCAGCUGUCCCGUCUCAGCUGACUGUCAAACAUGCUUUGCCUAUCAAGGUAGCAUGUCCUUAUUAAAAAAGACUUGUUGAGAAACAGCAAUAAUCUGCUUUUCUUGACGCAUUUGUUGGUCCACCUUUUAAAAAUAAAAUGUGAACUGUAGUUAUAACCGUCUUUAAUACAGAUUGCACAAACCAGUUCAUAUUUACUAAAUAUUAGCAACCAGAAUAAUUUUCUUACUAUUGUAAGUGUGAUGGAGAUUAUUUUAUAAAGACCUUUUUAAGCCUCUGUUAAGAGUUUUAUGGUGGAGUUUUUUAAGUAAAAAUGAACCUUUGACUUUGAAAAUGUUAGAAGUUUGUUACAGCUAGUUCAGUGUUCACAUCUCCUGAAAUGAAUAACAAUUUAAAAUAACAUUUUGGUCUGGUAAUUAAGGUAAUUUUAGUGAAACUUGACUGCAGUUAUGAGAACUAAAAUACUUACCUUGAUCUUGCAAUUUAAUAUCUCAAAACAGUUAAUGUAAAUAGAGGAAUCUGAAGCUUACGGCUGCUAGAUGAUAAUCUAGGUCCAUACCUACAAUCCAGACUCCAUUUUCAUGUAAUGAGGUUGAGAUGAUUUGGGUAGUAUGAAAUCCUUUGAACUCAUGUCUCUGAAUACUGAGCAUCUGUAGCUUUCCUCUGGCUUCAACUUACAUGCAGAUUGUGGCUUUUCUUAAUAUUAGUGACUAAACCUUACUACUGACUAUUUACCUCUGUUAUUGCAGUAAAUGAAUUUUGAAAUGCAGAAUUUUUUUUUUCUUGGUAUAUGUAAAAAUACACAUUAUUGUGUAUAUAUUUUGGUUAUUAUAAUUAAAAAUACCUUCCAGUGGGUCUUUACAGCAAGAUUUUGUGUUUCAUCACAGAAAAUAGAUGGGAGGAGGCCUCUGGAGAGGUUGCCUAGUCCAGCUCCCCUGCUCAAGGCAGGAGUGGCUUAGGGCCUUGCUCAAAGAUGGAGAUCCUUCACCUCUCUGGGCCCUAUUCUAAUGUUUCACUACUAUGAUUGCAAAUUUUUUUUCUAAUAUACAGUUGGAAUUUCCCAUCUGGAGCUUGUCUGUUUCCUCUUGUCCUUCUGUGCAUCUUCAAGAAUAAUGCCUCUGUCUUCUCUUGUGCUGUCACAUUAGGUAGUAGAGGACAACAGUACAAUUUUCCUGUUUGGCUGCUCCAGACUGGACACUUCCCUUGACCUCUUCUUGCACGCCAUGUGCUGUGACCCUAUGAGUCCUCUUGGGACUUUCCACUGGACUUGCUUUAGUUUAUUGAAGCCCAUCUUGUUCUGGGAAGCCAGUUUGCCAAAGAAUACUUUUUAUCCAAAACAAAAUGUAUUUGUAUCUUUGUAAAUUGGCCUCUGGAGACCAAGUUUUCUGAGCUUUAUGAUCUGCUUUGUUAGCUAGAAUACAAAUAAUAUAUUAAAUAAAAAAUCAAUAAAAAUCCACAAACCACAACCACUGACCUCAUUUUCAUCUUAAGUACCAUAGAGUGGAAGGCUCUACACUUACAUUUAUCAACUCUAUGCAACACUGAAUAGUCUGAUGAAUAUGCUUAAAUAGCUCCCAUGGUGCCUUGUUCCCUUUUUUCUUUUACUGUAAAGCUGAUGGCCUGUCAUUCAGCCCCCUGGGAGGGAACUGCAGCACCCAGGAGCAGUAAAAUUUUGUGUUGCAUGGGGUGACCCUGGCUGGCAAGGAGCUUGCCUUGCAAUGGAAGGAUGCACAGGAGGAUAUUUGCAGGUGAAGGAGAAUCAUCUGGAGCGGAGAAAUGAUUCUGGGAAUACAUCAUUAAAAUCAGUCCUAGUUAUAUAAAUAAAAGUGUGACUGCAACUACAAUAACUAGCAAUUCUUACACCUUGAAAGCAAAGUUAAGGAAGGAAAAAUGACAGCCUAACCAAUGGUUACAUGAAACAGAGAAAAACUCUAUAAACAAAUGGAAUUUAAAGAGUGAAUGUGUAUCUGCUACAGAUGUAUGUUACUUCCCCAGCAGAAAUCUUCCUAGAAUGCUGCAACAGCUUAUUAGACAGACCAUAUACAGCACAGCAUCUGAUAUGUGGUGCUAUAGGUUCGCUGGGUUUUAUUUAUUUUGAGGUUUUUUUUUUAAAUAGUAGUAGGUAUUAUAAUCCAUAAUUAAAUAGUGCUAAUUAAACUUUAAUUAUGUAAUCCAUAAACAAAACUUCAGUGCUUUCCCUGCCAUGUUUUCAUCUGUGCUGGAGUGAUCGUAAACAUUUAAAAAAAAAAAAAGUUUUUCCAGACAAAGAGGUUUUAAAAUCAAAGUAUCUGUGUAGCAGGGCCUAAUAGCAGUGCAAAGGAGGGGAAAUAGUUCACCCUACCCCAUAGUGCUGGGGAUUAUAACCCUUCCCUUGCCACUCGGAUUCUGCCCUGCCUUGUCUUGUCAUCUGGCCGUGUCACCAUGAAAGUGUCCUCAGAAAAACCCCAAGUGUUCUGCUUCAGCCUUCCAUCCCAGCCCUGGAGCCUCCACAGGAGAAAAGAGGUUUGAAACUGUAAAUUAACUUACUGAAAAACAGAUGGAGGCUGAAGAGCAGGCAGAAGUGGGGAAGGGCAGCCAGGGUGGGGCUGUGGAAGUUCUUGAUUCUGUAUUGUUGGUACUUGCAGCAUUCCCAUCAGUACUCUGAGGCGAGGGGCUCUAGGAUCCCCCUGAAAAAUGUAGUUCACGUCUGUUGUUAAUUUUAAGCUCUUCAGUGUGAAAUUGGAAGCUGAGACAGUUUCCUUAAGAUGGGUUAAAUGGAGAAAAAGGUCACCUAUUCUCUGUCACCUAUCCCUAGUGUCUUUUUAGCAAUUAGGCUGUGGGCUUUGACUUAUUCCAGGUUUUCAUGGGAGAGAUGGGUAAAUCUUGGCUGUGUUCUGCAGCCCUGAUCAUGUGUCUACAGCUGCCGCAGGGCUCAUGUGGAAAUACAGACUGCAGUCAGGAGCAGUCCUGGGCUGAAUGGAGUUGUGCUAAUAGGCACCUGGAGGUGCUCAGGAAUAUGGCAACAAGAGUGAUGUUGGCACCAUCUGCAUAUCCUGAGAGCGAGCUCCGGGGGGUGUACUCUGAGGUGCUUAAAACAUCCUUGAGACAGAUCACCAUGGAGUAGUUCAUGCAGAGACAAAAGACUGCUAGUCCCUUGUAGGAGAGGAGAAAAGAAUACAUGACUAAGUUGCUGACAGAAGCCACUCAAUAGGGUGCCCAGUAGAGGAUUCAUCUUGCCCCUGUGACUUUUGUAAAAACAUUUUAUCUCCCUUCCUACUCCUGAAAACCUGCAGUGUUAUUUGGGGACAGAUAGUCAUCAUUAAAGUCAUAAGCAACAACAAGCUGUUCUAGGAAAUGCUGCAGUCACAGAAAACAGGUCACCUGGGGCCAUGAAUGAGCUGCUCUAAUGCCACCUGUGUCCUGGCCAGCAGGAGAGCCUGGCUCCCUCCUUUCAGCAGCUCAGCUUGGCUGAGCUCCUUCCAUCAGUAUUUUCUGCAAUUAACACAUCCAUGCUACGUGUUCUCCAGAGGAUCUUCUGAACUUGAUGCUCUCUCCCUGCGCUGCUCUGACGCAGCCUUUCACUUUUGUACCAGGAGACUAUCUCUGCCCCCUAAUAUGUUUGAAGAUCUGAAGACUUCUGACAAGAUACGGCGCUUCGUUUAAUGCAAGUGUCAAAAAUGGGAUGCUUACUCUCCUUCUGUGAGGAAACUGCUGUGCUGAACGGUAUGCAGUGCUUCCAGAUAAGCACAUAUGUAACAUUGUGUUGAUCUUCUAUCUACAAAUCCGUUAAAAUGCACAUUUUUUGAAAAUAUGUUCAUUGAAGGAUGUAAGUUCUCUCACUUUUCCACAAGCACUUCAUCCUGUAGUAUUACAACAUGUGUGGGAACCAAAGAUUGUUGGUGAGUUCCCCAAAGCCACAGUUGCAGUGAAGGGCGCAGACAGAAAAAGUACACAGCGUACAGAAUACAUUGCAAAAAAAACCCUGGAAAAGUGAAAAGCUAACCGGUUUCUGCUGAAAGGUUACACCUUUCAGGAUAUUCCUUUCGUAUGCUAAUUCACGCUUUGACACAGUCCAGUUUUGCAUUCAGGCCUUGUGGAAAAUUACUUUUCAGGUGGAAAUUUUAAUGAAUUAAUUCCAAGGAAAAAAUUAGAGCCUCUCUAAGAAAGAUUCCCAUUUGAGUGAAAUUGAAUUUUUCAUUGAAAACUUAUUUCUCUUG